CACAGCGGCGCGCGGGCUGGCUGCAGGGAGCCGCUGCUCGCCCCCGCCGCCAGCCAUGAGCUCGGUGCUGGACGUGCUCUGGGAGGACAGAGAUAUCCGCUUCGACAUCUCCCAGCAGCAAAUGAAAAUGAGAGCUGGAGAGGUCCUUAUAGACUGCUUAGAUUCUGUUGAAGAUACCAAAGGAAACAAUGGAGACAGAGGUAACCAUGUACUGAGCUGUUCUGCGCUGAUUCUGUCUCUGCAUUUUUACCAUAGACUCCUUGUGACAAAUUUGCGCAUUAUUUGGCACUCAUUGUCAUUGCCCAGAGUCAAUCUCUCUGUUGGUUACAACUGCAUCAUAAAUAUAACUACAAGAACUGCCAACUCAAAAUUACGAGGACAGACAGAAGCUCUGUAUAUAUUGACUAAAUGUAACAAUACACGAUUUGAGUUCAUAUUUACCAAUGUCAUUCCUGGGAGUCCCAGGCUCUUCACUUCAGUUAUUGCUGUGCACAGAGCUUAUGAAACUUCUAAAAUGUAUCGUGAUCUGAAGCUUAGAAGUGCAUUGAUUCAAAACAAGCAGCUGAGAUUAUUACCGCAAGAACAAAUAUAUGAUAAAAUCAAUGGAGUAUGGAAUUUAUCAAGUGACCAGGGAAAUUUGGGAACAUUUUUUAUUACUAACGUGAGGAUAGUGUGGCAUGCAAAUAUGAAUGAUAGCUUUAACGUCAGCAUACCAUAUCUACAAAUUCGUUCAAUAAAAAUACGAGACUCAAAGUUUGGCUUGGCAAUGGUGAUAGAGAGUUCUCAGCAGAGUGGAGGAUAUGUACUUGGUUUUAAAAUAGACCCUGUGGAGAAAUUACAGGAGGCAGUGAAAGAAAUUAAUUCACUUCACAGAGUUUAUUCAGCUAAUCCUAUUUUUGGAGUGGAUUAUGAAAUGGAAGAAAAGCCUCAACCUCUUGAGAACUUAACAGUAGAACAGGUUCAAGAUGAUGUGGAAAUAGAAUCUGAUGAACAGACAGAUGCUUUUGUGGCUUACUUUGCUGAUGGUAACAAGCAACAUGAUCGGGAACCUGUGUUUUCAGAAGAACUAGGACUUGCGAUAGAGAAAUUAAAGGAUGGAUUCACACUUCAGGGACUCUGGGAAGUAAUAAGCUGAUUUCUUUCUGGCGACAGCCUAACCAAUGAAAGACUUGCUGUUCUUACUGAUUUUGUCAAAUCUCUAAAACCUAGUUAGAAAAAAAAAAUACAAAGGUAACAGAAAGAACAUACCAAAAUAUACAAUGUAUAGUCAAGAUCUGUUAUGAAAGAAAUAUUACUCAAAACCCCUAUGUGUGUAAAAGGUUUGUACUUAUUAUAGUGUUUCUGUUAAAGUGUUAAUUUAUUUUCAUUUAUUUAUAUAAAGUGUUGUACUCUCCUAUAAUGAUUAUAUCUAAAUAAUGAUUCUAUAACUUGUUUCAUAUUGUGCAACAGAGAUGUAACACAGAGAACACUGUAUCUAGGCAUACUGGUUGUAUCAUUGUAGCGAUGUUGUAGUAUUGAAAACUUUUUGACAAAAUGCUGUGCUGUUCCAAAUACUAGUUUUUGUAUCUCUUAAUUUUAUUAAGUGUUUAUCACAGAACAUUCCAGGUAUUUAAUUUUAAUCCAUAUAUCCCAGUGCAGUUUUUUAUUUUUUGCUUUUUACUAAGAACAUUUUUUUCUAAUCCUUCCUUUAAAAGAAAGCACGCACACAAAUAGCUUUUGCUUCUGACUCAUUAGACCUUUAUGUUGUUAUGUGUUAGAGAGAAAUGAGUCAUUUAUUGUUUGAAGGAAGAUGCAGCUGUUACAUUUUCUAGUGAGAUAAGACCUCUGCACUAUCUUCUGUAAGUGGAAAAAGUCAAAUGAGCUGUCCUCUCAGCUGUUGUUUUAGCAGCUGACUGUUGUAGUAAAGUAAUUGUGAUGUGGAUAUCACUGUUUGUAGGAAAAUCUUUCAAAGUAUGUAUUUUAAUGAAAUCCUAUCCAUAUUUAAAAGGUUUCAAUAAACUUUCGGUUACCUUCAGUAAUGUUAUACCUCAUUGAAGAUACUGCUUUCAAACAGUUGGGUUUUGAUCCUGUUUGCAUUACAUUCAAAGAACAUUUUACCAUAUGGGUCAAGGGUGUUUUCUGUAUGGGCAAAAUGCAGUUCUUCAUCAAGGCACUUUAUACAACUUCAGAUUUUUUCUGCUUCUAUAUUACUAAUGAAAAUCUAAAUGUUUCCAGUCUAAAUUGUGAAACCUUCAACAUGUGCAUAUUUUUUUAUAAAUCCAAAUAUUUUUUAAAGUACUUUUUGUUAGAUUUUUAGGGAGGAUAGUUUAAAUUUAGAUUUUUUAGUUUUGUUAAAUAAAGUGUUCAUUAAAUAAUAA